AUGUCUGACAUUCAAUUUUUGUCACCUCAACUAAUACAACGUAGAACUACUGCAGAAACAUGUACGGAAAAUUUUUCCUCACUUCCAAACGACUCAUAUGCGAUGUACAAAGAUUCUAAAAUACAGUCUUCAGCUGGCUCUAAAGAACAAAAUGAUACUAUUCAACGUACCACAGAAUUACAAUUUAUGGAACAACAAUUAAUUAUGUCCCACCAGCAAUCCACUUCAUCUUCAUCAUACGAACUGGAACAAGUUGUUCCAAUUCUUCCCAACGAUAAAGGUUCUCGAACGGAUUUCGAUCAUAUACCUAACGAAUCCUACGCAAACAUGAAUAUGGAUACCGUUAACUCGUACCCGCAUUCGUUGAAUUAUGAUGAGAAUCAAAUGCGACAAUUAUCAUUAGAACGACAGAACCAAAAUUAUUUAGUCCCAUCACAGUAUGAUUAUGAUGGUAUAAAGAAAAUAAUAGAUCAAACGAUGUUUUAUAGUGACAUGACAGUUCCUUCAUAUUUUAGCAACAUGUAUGAUGUUGUUCAUCAGGAUGAUGUGAGAACCGUUGGGAUUGAUGCCGAUGAAUUCUUUACCUUUAC